AUGAGCAUAAAGUCAAAAUACAACAAGGUGAUGAAGGCCUUAACAAUCCGCCAGAACGAUCUAUGGCUUUUACCAAAGCUGAUAACUCCUUUGGAAAACAGCUUUCAGAGCGAGGCGAUAAAUGAUGAGGAGAUUUGCAUUGUACCUUGCGAAGCUAACUUCCAACUUCCUAAUAUUUUCCUAAAGACAGGGCUGAAUCCUGAGUACCAGAAGCUUAUUGACACCAGUGGAUGCAGCGAGGAUUGGAACGAUAUCAUUGAGGAGGCGAUAGAAGCACUUGAAGAGAUAGACUUGUCUAGCAUCAAUCACAAUAUUAUGACAAAGAAAUGCCUUGUUGAUCAAGAUACCCUCAACAGGCUAGUGUUUGAAAGAUAUGGACACAUUUAG